AUGGCACGAUUGAAUACCUCCAACCCUUUGACCACUGGUCUUCAACGGCAAAAGAGUCUGAAGCAAAAGACUCCGUUUGCUGACUCAACACCCACUCAAGCAAAGAUCGCAGCUGAGCACGACAUCAACCUCCGCUCAUCUGAAGCAAAGACCCCCAGCACGGCAACGAAACCUUCCUUCCAAAGUCACAGUCGGGGAUCUAGUCUGGUGUUCGAUAUUUUUUCUGAAGAAAGUGUCUCCAAGGGUUCUGAAUCGACCCCGCCCAAGAAACAGAGAAAAGCCCGAACCCUGAAAACAGCCAACGUGAACUCUUUGCUGCUUCCCAUCUCCCAGACACCGCGGCCAAGACCUCCUGUCAAGCUGGAAACCGACGACUACGAGAAAGAAAACGAUGUUCUAGAAAACACCCCGGAGCAGAACAGGGAAGCGCAGAAUGGCAGUCUUCCCGCUUCACCAACCAGACGAGAUGUGCCGCGACCACUGGGAGCGCACCAAUCAGUCCGCUCAGCUCGCGCAGAAAAUAACAGCCCGGCAUUGAGGAGACACAACGUGGAAUCUGAGACAGAGGAAGACGAUGAGGACAAUGGCUUUGACUCAUUAGAUGACUUUAUCGUCAGUGACAAUGAGGAUCCCAGUUUCUAUGAAACUUCAGCUUCCGAGACAGAGGAUGAAAAGCUCCCGUCACCCCCUCCUCCUCCGCCCUCCAGCCGGAGAAGAUUGAUGAGAGGCAGACGACCCAACCUUGUCGCUGAGAGGGAGCAGAGUGAUGAUGAGAUGCCGAGAAGGUCUGCAGUACUGGAUCCCCGAAUCCCAGAAGCUUCAAGACUAUCCCACACGAAUGGGGUCAGCCUUAAACCCAUGUCUCAGGAAGACUUGGAUCUCCAUACAAAGCUUGAUGCAAUGACCCUGGAAAGUCAGAAUGGCCCAUUCGAUAAGGAAUCACCGCAAUCUGAAAGCCCAUUCGUAGAGCCCCAAGCUCUCCCGAAAGGGAAGAAAUCUCAAAAUAAGAAGCUGCAAACACCUCCAGUGAGCCCCAGGCCAUCGCGACUGCGCUCUCCAACCAAGAAGAAGGUCCGAAUUCCCGCCACGCCCCAUCGCGAGAGCGUGGAUGAAUUCUGGAGUCAAGAAGAGACCAAUACAUGGAAUGACCAGCACUCUCCACGCAAGGAAACAUCGACCAGUCGUAAAGUCAUUGAGCUGCUCAAAGACUUUGACGACAGUGAGGAGGAUAACGGGCAUAGAAGCCGUGACUCGAGUUCUAGCAGCGACUUGGAGCCCACACGCAAAGGCGGCGACAUGAUGCCGACGACGCCGAAGCCGCUUAGUAAAAGUGCCAUCAAAAAGGCCGAAGCCGAGAAGAACCGAGCAGCAAAGGCUCGUCGUCUGUCCUUUAACCAUAAAAAGGCGGAGUUUGCAGAAGCCUUUCUCCGCACAUUGGACCAAGCCGCAUCUGGCGGAGAGGUGAGUCGACUUGCCGAGUCGACCGGCGGUGUGACGAUCACUUGGUCGAAGACUUUGAACACCACCGCCGGCCGUGCUCGUUGGAAAGGAGAACGAGUGGUCUCGCGUGGACCGAACGGCGAAUCGAGAGGAAUGAGCAAGAUCAAACACCACGCAAGCAUCGAGCUAGCCGAGAAGAUCAUUGACAACGAAUACCGGCUGAUCAACACUCUCGCUCACGAAUAUUGUCACCUCGCUAAUUACAUGGUGUCGAACAUCCACGACAACCCCCACGGCGCGAGCUUCAAAAACUGGGGUGAAAAAUGCGCCGAUGCCAUGCGCGAUCACCCACUGUAUGGAGGUCAAAUCCACGUCACCACGAAACACUCGUAUGAGAUUGACUAUAAAUAUGUGUGGCAUUGCACCGCCUGCGGCCAGGAAUACCGCCGGCACUCGAAGAGUAUUGACACUGACCGUUCUCGAUGCGGUACGUGUCAGGGCAAGCUCCAGCAGAUCAAGCCCAAGCCGCGGAAUGUUUCGCCGAAGAAGAGCGCCGUUAUCCCCGGCCAAAGGAGGAUUCUUGAGGACGUGACCAGGAAUCUUGAUCAGUUUGUCAUUUGA